AUGGUUGGCCAAGAAAUACAAAAAAUUCAGUCAUCUAAUUUAGUUGAUAGUAAAUCCAAGCAAGAUGAAUCGUCAAUUAGUCAAAGCUAUGAAAUUCAAAGCAGUGAAAAACAACUGAAAAACAAAAAACACCAAGAUGAGCUUGGGUAUGAUCUUGAUCUUGGUCUCGAUCUCGAUCUCGAGCUUGAGCUGGAGUCGCCUUACAAGUUAUCCAUUCAAGAUGUUGCCAGCUUGUAUGACGCUGAUAUCGUUCACGGCCUUACUGAGGAUCAAGCUGCUACUAGAUUAGGUGAAUAUGGACCAAAUAAUUUAGGUAAGGAAAUAUCCAUUUCGAUUACCAAGAUAUUAGCUCAUCAGAUAUUCAAUGCAAUGAUCUUGGUCCUUAUCAUAUCUAUGAUUAUUGCUCUAGCAAUUAAGGAUUGGAUAAGCGGAGGUGUAAUUGGGUUUGUUAUUGGUAUCAAUAUCUUUGCUGGAUUCAUCCAAGAGUUCAAAGCUGAAAAGACAAUGGGAUCCUUGCGAAGUUUAAGCUCGCCCGAUGCAAGAGUGAAAAGAUGUAAUUCUGAACAAAAUAUCGAUGCAGAAAAAGUUGUACCCGGUGAUAUAGUUUUCAUCAAAGUUGGUGAUACAGUCCCCGCUGAUUUGAGAUUAAUCGAAACUGUCAAUUUGGAAAGUGAUGAGUCUAUGCUAACCGGGGAAUCUAUACCAGUCGCCAAAGCUUGUGACGAAAUAUGUGUUGAUAAUGAACAGCAAAUUCCAAUAGGAGACCGUUUAAAUAUGGUGUUCAGCUCUUCAAUAGUUGUAAAAGGCAGAGGCGUGGGGAUUGCUGUUGCCACUGGUCUCAACAGUGAAAUUGGAAAAAUUGCUGAUUCGUUGAAAAACAGUGAUGGGAAAUUGAUCGUCACGGUGAAGGAGCCACUGUUGAAAAAUUACACUUAUGCUAUAGCCAAAUCCACUGGGAACAUAAUUUGCAACAUUUUGGGAACAAAUGUAGGCACACCAUUACAAAGAAGAUUAGCUUGGUUAGUUAUCUUGUUAUUUUGGAUAGCUGUGUUGUUUGCAAUUGUCGUUAUGGCGUCACAAAAGAUGAACGUGAAUAGAAACGUUGCAAUUUAUGCCAUUUGCGUUGCACUAUCAAUGAUUCCAUCUUCUUUGGUUGUGGUUUUGACUAUUACAAUGGCCAUUGGUGCUCAAGUAAUGUUUACCAAGAAAGUCAUCGUUAGGAAACUAGGCAGUUUGGAAACCCUUGGUGGUAUCAAUGACAUUUGCUCAGAUAAAACAGGUACACUUACCUUGGGUAAGAUGAUUACUAAAAAAGUAUGGAUUCCAAAUUUGGGGACAUUAGUUGUUGAAAACUCUUCCAAUGAGCCUUUUAAUCAUAAUAUUGGAAGUAUCAAAUACAGCAAGAUGUCACCCGUGGGUAUAGAGAAUGAUGGCGACAUUUUGGAAGAGGAAGUUCCCGAAAAUUCAGUAUUGUUGAAAAAAUGGUUGACAACCGCUACAUUGGCCAAUAUUGCCAAUGUAACCGAGGUUAAUGGUGAAUGGGAGGCUCGUGGCGACCCUACUGAAAUUGCAAUAAAUGUUUUUACCAGAAGAUUAAAAUUUGAACGUGAUUGUUUGAUAAGCAGUUUGCAGUUGAAUUUCAUUGCUGAGUUUCCAUUUGAUUCGUUAAUUAAAAGAAUGUCAACUAUUUAUGAAAAUCCAGAGUCCAAUACUACAACGAUUUAUUGUAAAGGAGCAGUAGAGAGAUUGUUUGAUAUUUGCAGUUUUUGGUAUGAAGAGAAUGAUAAGAUAUCUCCAUUAUCUAAUUCUGCCAAACAAAUUAUCGAGUCCAACAUGAAAGCCUUAUCUGCACAAGGCUUAAGAGUAUUGGCAUUUGCACAACGCGAUAUUAAUACCGCUGAAGUAUCCGACUUGACUAGUCGUGACUCAGUUGAAACCGGAUUAACGUUUCUUGGAUUAGUUGGUAUAUACGACCCACCGAGACCAGAGUCACGCUCCUCGGUCAUGAAAUGUCAUCAUGCAGGUAUAAAUGUCCACAUGUUGACUGGUGAUCACCCUGGAACAGCUCGCGCCAUUGCACAAGAAGUUGGAAUCUUACCAGCCAAUUCAUCCGACUAUAGUCAAGAAGUCAUCGACUUGAUGGUGAUGACAGCUAACCAAUUUGAUGGUUUAACAGUGGAAGAGAUUGAUCAAUUGCCAGUAUUACCCCUUGUUAUAGCCCGUUGUGCUCCCCAAACGAAAGUGCGCAUGAUUGAAGCACUUCACAGAAGAAAUAGAUUUGUGGCGAUGACAGGUGACGGAGUGAACGACUCGCCUUCUUUACUGAAGGCUGACGUUGGAAUAGCAAUGGGAUUAAAUGGUUCAGAUGUGGCUAAAGACGCAGCGGACAUUGUUUUAACCGAUGAUAAUUUUGCAUCAAUUUUAAAUGCAAUAGAAGAAGGUCGACGCAUGUCAUCUAAUAUUCAAAAAUUUGUGCUACAAUUGCUAGCAGAGAAUGUCGCUCAAGCCAUAUAUUUAAUGGUUGGAUUAGUAUUCAUUGAUAAUGAUGGAUUCUCUGUGUUUCCAUUAUCGCCAGUUGAAGUUUUAUGGAUUAUUGUAGUCACUUCAUGUUUCCCAGCAAUGGGUUUAGGUCAAGAAAAAGCCCAACAGGAUAUAUUAGAUCAACCGCCAAACAAAAGUAUAUUCACAUGGGAAGUAAUGAUUGAUAUGUUUUCCUAUGGAAUAUGGAUGGCUGCAUGUUGUCUUGCGUGUUUUGUUGUCAUUGUUUAUGGUAAAGGUGAUGGUUAUUUAGGUUCGAAUUGUAAUUCGGAGUCUGGUAAUCAGGGAUGUUUGCUAGUUUUCCAAGGUAGAUCAGGUGCAUUUGCUGCAUUUACAUGGUGUGCUCUACUAUUAGCAUGGGAGUGUAUCAAUCUAAGGCGCUCAUUUUUCAAAAUGAAUAUCAGUAAUAAUGGAAUGAGUUGGUAUGCAAUAUUAUUUCGCGAUUUGUGGGGAAACCAGUUUUUAUUUUGGUCAAUUAUAUUUGGAUUUUGUUCUGUGUUCCCAGUGGUUUACAUUCCUGUUAUCAAUGACAAGGUUUUUCUACAUGGUCCAAUUGGCUACGAAUGGGGGGUUGCAGGUGCAUUUACAGUGGCGUUUUUAAUUGGCUCGGAAGCUUGGAAAUGGUGCAAGCGAGUAUACUUGAGGAGAAAUUUACCAAAGAACUUUGAGUAUGAAUUAGAAAAGAAAGAUCCAUUUCAGAAAUACAAAUUUAAAACGUCAAAGAGUGCCAUUGAAGUUUAG